CUUUUAAAUAAAUCAUCAUUAAAGCACAUCAAGUCAAAGGUAAGAUAAAUUUAUUAUAUAAAAUAACCAUAAAAAGCAUAUGAUACGAUAAUUGAAGUAGAGAAAGUAAAUAAGAAAGUCUAAGAAUUCAGAUGAUAUUACUGAGCCUCACUCAAAACUAUUACUGGAACGUUUCCCAUAUACAAUAAAAGAUCUUCAAUUUAGGGAAGUUCCGACAUUAAAUGUUACCUAAGAGUUCUUUAAGGAUCCUUUUAAGACUAUAGAUGAUCUUUAUUCAAAAGGGUAUGAGAAAUUCGGGAUAGUGAAAUUGGUGUUGCCAAGUGAGUCAAUAGUUCCAGAGAAGAAGUUCUAUAGUGAUUUAGAAACGAAGUUAAAGGGUAAGAGAGUGGAGACAAGGGUGUAGACCUUAAACUUUCAAUAAGAAGGGGAGGUAUUUACGUUUUUUCAGUUUAGAUAUUUGGUUCAAAUACAAUAGGAUUCACCUUAUAAGAGUAUAUGAGUUAUGCGAACAAGUUUGAAUGUAGUCAUAAGUUAUAAGGAUUAAGAGAGGUUUCAAAUCAAAUCAGAUAGAAUGAGAUAGAAUUCUGGUCAAUAGUUGACUAUCCAAAUAGGUAUAAUGAUGUGGAAGUUGAGUAUGCAGCUGAUUUAUUGGCUACUAAAUAUGCCACAGGUUUCUAGGAAGGUUAGUUAGGCAAUCUAAGUUCCAUAAACAAGAAUAGCAAUUCUAUUUUUUAGGUUCUCCAAGAGAAAAGUGAGAUGAGUGGAAUUUCAGUACCUUGGCUUUACUUGGGAAUGAAGUAUGCAAACUUCUGUUGGCAUAAAGAAGACUUAAAUUUAAAUUCUUUAAACUACAUGCAUGCAGGAGCUCCAAAAACAUGGUAUGAAUAUUUAAUUUAACUUUAGGUAUGCAAUACCACCAUGUCAUAGCGAAAAGUUUUUACAAUACUUCAAUAAGAAAUAUGAGAAACAAAGAACACAGAAUCCUCGUCUUUUAUAUGACAUAGUAUGUUAAAUUUCACCUGUCGAAUUGAGUCAACAAUAAAUUUCAAUCUUUAGAACAGAACAGCAUCCUGGUGAACUUAUUAUCACUUUAGGUGCUGCCUAUCAUGCAGGAUUCUCACAUGGUUAAUUAUUAAAUAUAAAUUAUAAGGACUCAAUUGUAGUGAGGCUGUCAAUGUAGCUCCUACUUAAUGGCUUGAU